GAGACAUCGUUUAGAGAUCUGGCCAUGACUUACAGAUCCAAAGAGUGUCUGUCACUCAAGUCGAUGGCUUAUCUCAACGCAGCCAUGGUUUUCACGUUUAGCGCCGCACCGUUUUUUAUCGGUUUAGCGAGUUUUGCCACUUUUGUACUCAUUUCACCCGACAAUAUACUCGACGCCAACAAAGCUUUUGUUUCGUUAUCUCUUUUUAAUAUAAUUCGCAUUCCGAUGGGAUUCUUGCCAUUAAUCUUAUCGAUGGGAGCGAUGUUCUUAGUGUCGAUGCAGAGGAUCGACAAAUACCUGAACGGCGAUGAAAUCGACGAAAAGGCCAUUUCCCACAACGAAAACAUCAAAUCUCCGGUCGUUAUCGAAAACGGAUCUUUCAGUUGGAGUAAAGGCGAGAGUCCUGUCCUCCGGAAUAUUACCUUUCAAUUGGGGAGAAAGCGUUUGGUGGCUGUCGUCGGGUCUGUCGGCUCCGGGAAGUCGUCCCUAUUGUCGGCUAUAUUAGGAGAUAUGGAGAAAGUGAAGGGAGAGGUCAAUACGAAUGGGAGAGUGGCUUAUGUGCCACAACAGGCGUGGAUUCAAAACGAGACACUCAGACAAAACAUAUUGUUUGCCCACAAAUACAACGAAAGCCAUUAUAAUCAGGUGUUAGAGUCGUGUGCAUUACAACAGGACAUGAAUAUUCUCGCGGCCGGAGAUAUGACCGAAAUCGGCGAAAAGGGUAUCAAUUUGUCCGGCGGUCAGAAGCAGAGGGUGUCGUUGGCUCGAGCCGUCUAUUCCAAUGCAGACAUCUAUUUAUUGGACGAUCCGCUCAGCGCUGUGGACGCACACGUGGGCCGACACCUGUUUGACAAAGUGAUUGGUCCCAAAGGUAUUCUUCACAAUAAGACCAGAAUUUUGGUCACACAUCGGGUAUCAGUUCUGCCAGAAGUGGACCAAAUCAUUGUUUUAAAGGACGGAUCCAUCUCUGAAUUCGGCACUUUCGAGGAAUUGGUGGCAAAUAAAGGAGAGUUCGCUGAAUUCGUGGCCGAAUAU